AUCGAUGAGAAGGUUACAUAAAACGUUUUCAAAAAGUACUCUAGAUUUAUCUGGAUUCAUAACAAACGAAACACAAAAAUGGCACAGUCACAAGAAAUACCGAUUGAUCGUAAACUUUUUGAAAUUUUUGAGGAUGCUUACAAGUUAAUGAACUCAUUUGAUACCUGCUACGAUCCUACCAACAGCCCAGAAUUUCAGGCUAACAUAAAAAAAUGCAUCAAUUUAUUUGAGGAUUCUACUCGCCUAGUUAGCCUUUGUGGGUUGUUUAGUUCCAACGAAGCGUAUGAAGAAGUUGCCACCGAGAAUUUGCGUUAUUUCUUACUACCCUUUUUCCUGGGUCAGUUGACUUUGAAAUUGUGUAAUGCCGGUCGUAAGGAGAUAGUAGAAGUUGCAGAAAUUUAUUACAAUGAUUUCUUGCGCCGCUGUGAGAACUACAAAUUGUGUGACAAGCCGGAAGCUGUUGCAGUUCUAGAUAAUGUUAAUCGGGGAGAUAAAAUACAGGAACUGAUGCGUAUGGGCCAGGAACGCAACGCCAAACUGAAAAAAUAUCAGGAGAAAAAAGAACUGGAUGAUCAGAUCAAAAUGCUGAAAAUCGCAAUGGAAAAAGAACAUGUAGAUGACGAAAUCAAAAGAGAGUUCUACUUGAAAUUGCUUAAUUCUUGCAUUCUCGAUGCACGCGAAGAGCUUGUUAGCAUAAGUCAGGAAAAACAAAUCCUCGAACAUAUUGCUGUCAUGAGGAGAAGUGGCGAUUCUGACGAACAUAAGCAUCCUCCGAGAGGACCUCCACCGAAACCGUUAAAACCAAUUAUUAUCACAAGGGAUGCUGUUCAGAAAGCGGUUUACGGAAUGGGUUAUCCCAGUAUGCCAACCAUGACGGUAGCAGAGUUUUAUGAGCAACGCGUUGCUGAAGGAAUAUUUCCCGAUCAGGAAAAAAUGAAAGAGAUCAACAAAAAUUCUCUGAUGAAUCGAGUCUAUCAGGACAAUGAAGCGGAGCAGGAAAAAGAGGCAGAAGAAAUUGAACAGUUAGUCGAGGAAGAUGAUGAGCAGUAUUUGGCCCGACAACGCGCUAAAGACGAGUUCAAGGAUGAACAUCGUCGUGGAUAUGGUAAUCGUUAUAAUCGCAGUUAAUGCGUAAUCCGCUGAUUUGCUUGAAAUUUUUAAAUUUUAUUUGUAUCUAAUAUAUGCAGUAGAGAUCAAAAUAA